CCAAACGGAGGGAGCACAUUCACAACGAAAUAUGAGAAUGUGAAAACUAAUUAUGAUUUGCUUCGUAGAACCGUUCAUUUCUUUCCGUUAUUCAAAAGUUUAAUCCUCAUGGCUACAUGUUUUCAAUCUGCGCAAAUGUUAUUAUUGAUUCUGUCUUUGUCCGUCAUUGUUGAAGGUCUCCAAGCGCAAAAUUCAACAGGUAAUAAACGAGAGCAGCACCUUCUUGAUGACUUGCUGAACCCUGAGAAGUACGACAGACGGAUCAGACCAGUUGUCAGAAGUGAGGAUCCAGUUACUGUAAAGUUUGGAUUAGUCGUCAAAAAGAUCGAAGACCUGGAUGACCAGAAUCAGCUUCUCCUUACACGAGCAGACAUAAGAGAGUACUGGAUGGAUCCGCAGCUGAGAUGGAAUUCUUCAAAGUAUGGUGGAGUGAAGUACGUAAGUGUCGAUCCAAAACUGAUAUGGAUCCCGGAUGUAGUGUUGUAUGAAAAUGUCGGGGAAGGUUUUGGUAGCGGUAUGAGGCGAACUAAAGCUGUUAUCACAGAAGAGGGGCUAGUCAGCCUGAACGUACCAACUAUCAUCAAGAGUAGCUGCAAGAUUCAUGUGAAGUAUUACCCUUUUGACCAGCAAGAAUGCAAGCUGAAAUUUGGCUCCUGGACAUACGACUCUUUUGGAAUUGCAUUGGAACUUGAGAACUCUUCAGCAGAUCUGAGCGAAUACUCACCUAGCGUGGCAUGGGAACUACUGGGAGUUCCAGGGGAGUUUCACUCCGUCUUUUAUGACUGCUGUGUUGCGCCGUAUGAUGACGUCACAUACAAAGUGCAGAUUAAGCGGAGAGCGUUGUAUCAUGUUAUGUAUUUGAUAAUACCCUGCGCAAUGAUUUCUGUUCUAACUUUGUUGGUGUUCCUGCUACCUCCCGACUGCAACGAGAGAAUGACAGUUGGCAUGGCGAUUCUCGUGGGCUUAAGUUUCUUCUUCCUUCUCGUCGCUGAAAACAUGCCUGCCACGUCUGAAGCAGUACCUCUGGUGGGAAUGUACUACACUGUGACUAUGAUAGAGGUAUCCUGUGCCUUCUUCAUGACGUGUUGGGUUCUCCGCUUUCACCAUCAUAACCCGACGGAUGGAGAAGUCCCUAGAUGGGUCAAGGUCUAUCUGCUUGGUUAUGGAGCGAAGCUUUUUCGCUUUAAUUUCGAGACCAGCAACCCACAUGGUGACUCCCGUCAGGACGUCGAUGUGUCUUCGGCAGAAAGUAUUACUGGUCAUAAAAUAAAUGAUAAAGAAACUCUUGUUGCUAAGGACAUAAAAAUGAGUAACCAGUCAAAGAGCGGCAGCAGUCAUGAUCACGUGCCAGAUGACAAGAAGAGCACCAAUAGGAUUCUUGCGGAUAAUAUACGCCACCAGAUGAUUUUGGAAGCGAGGCAGGACGAGUGGAGAAAGGCAGCCCUGGUGCUGAACCAUAUCUGUAUCUGGGUUUUUGUUCUUGCUGUUGUUGUGUCGUUCAUGGCAAUAUUUUUACAAGCCCCUCUGUAAAAGUCCUUUUAACCUGUACUCUCCCUCUGGUGUCUUCGUGCACUUUUUAAAUUGGCGCCGUUAAACCAAAACUAAACAAGUUUGUGUAUCCUCCGUUUACCCUUAAAACUAACUAGCGUAGAUAACCUGCCAUUUCAUUGGCGUUCCUUGACAGAGGGCCUGGAAAAAAACUAAGAUCAGCUACUAAGAACAAAAGGAAAAUUUCACGGAAACCGAUGAGCGCUUUAGGUAAAAUCAUGCAAAAUGCCUGAGAUGCGGCAAGCUCGUUCCGAUGCGAGUGAAUUUAAUUCAUAUAUCAAGCCUUGUCCAGGUAGUUCGCUAUAAAUUUGACGACAUAUCAUAUCUUGUUUUAUCGAUUUUGGUCUAUCUUCCAUCAUCGAGCGACAUUUUCCAGUGAUCGAAAAUGACAUAAUAACCGGCUUAGCGGUUUAGCUUAAAUGUCAAGUAAAAUAAAUUUUCGAAAACUGUGACAUCAGAUGACGGUACGGUCCCAAUUCCCCAAAGCAGUUUCAGUCGAGCGGUGAUCGAAAAUAUAUCCAAGAUUACAUUGGUUUUGUGUUUCUCGGUUUAUGAUUGGUUAAGAAAAUUCGCGCCUCUUUUUUUUCCACCAAUCGUGGUUUGGUCUAAAAUAUUCGCGCCACCUUCUCGACUUAUCGUGCAUGGGCGGUGCGUUACUAGUCCGGGCUCUUUGAUUGGUUAGAAAAAUUUUUCGCAAUUUUCUAGACUAAUAGUGUUUUUACUGGCUCUGUUUGACUGUUGUUAUUCCUUUUGCGAUACUAAAUUAAAAAAGCGCUCUGAACUCAUACGAUUAGUUAUGAAUGUGGAUAAAAAAAUCCUUCUCAAAAUAGUGCGGAUACGUUGAAAAUAUUUAAAAGGGGUAAGUUACUAAAGAAACUGCGGUGCUGCGUCGGCAGGAGAA